AAAUUCACCUAGAGCUCAAUCGUUAGUUGCCUUUCGUUCGUCAUUUCGCAAGCAACCGGCAUUUUUGUGGACAUUUUAAUUAACUAAUUUUUAGGACGUCUUACUUUGGCCGAAUUAAACUACAAUCAUUGAUAAUGAGUAGCGGCAAACAUUUAGCCAAAGGUUCUCCCAAGCCUGCCCUGCCAGAUGAUGGUGUCCCUCGUCUCUACUCCAUGCGCUUCUGUCCCUAUGCAGAGCGUGCUCAUCUCGCUCUAAAUGCCAAGAAGGUGCCACAUCACAGCAUCUAUGUGAAUCUGACGGAGAAACCCGAAUGGUUGGUGGAUGUGAGUCCCUUGCUCAAGGUGCCUGCCCUGCAUUUGGUGGCCGAGAAGGAUCAGCCGUCCCUUAUAGAGUCACUCAUCAUUGUCGAGUAUUUGGAUGAGAAGUACCCACAGAAUCCUCUGCUGCCAAAGGAUCCUCUGCAGCGUGCACAGGAUAAGAUACUCGUGGAAAGAUUCACAGCGGUUACCAGCGCCUUCUUUAAGACGGUUCUGCAUGGUGCAAAGGUAGAUGAUCUUUGGCCUGCCAUCGAUACAUUCGAAACGGAGCUGGCCAAGAGAGGCACGCCCUAUUUUGGUGGAGAUAAGCCAGGUUACGUGGACUACAUGAUUUGGCCAUGGUUCGAGCGCCUGAGUGUGCUCCAAUUCGUGCUGAAGGAGGCAUAUAACUUUGACAAGCAGCGUUAUGCCAAGAUCAGCGCCUGGAUCGAUCUGUUGACCAAGGAUGAGGUGGUGCAAUCCUUCUUUGCAACACCUGAACAGCAUGUGGAGUACUUUCGCUCCCGAAGUGCCGGCAAUACCAACUAUGAUUUGUUAGCUUGAUCUUUAUUUAAAAACAUUCAAUAAAUAAUACAUUUAACCAAACAA